AUGAACUCAUCUCUGCAUGUGCCCCGAGUUUGGGUCAUUCGUGAAGUGCAAAGUUUGUUCAUUGAUCUGUGCAUGUUUGUUUGUGCAGGUAUAAACCAUGGCCCAGUGAUUGCUGGGGUGAUUGGAGCCAGGAAACCUCAGUAUGAUAUCUGGGGAAACACUGUGAAUGUGGCCAGCCGGAUGGAAAGCACUGGAGAGCUGGGUAAAAUACAGGUGACAGAGGAGACGUCUGAUGUCCUGCAGAAGCUGGGCUAUUCAUGUGAGUGUCGUGGCCUGAUCAAUGUGAAGGGCAAAGGAGAGCUCAAAACCUUCUUUGUGUGCACAGAUUCCAGCAAACAGCAGGGCAUCGGUCUGAGCUGAGACUGAAGCCUCUGCCGCUGACAGCUUCACACACACACACACACACCGUACACACAGUACACACAGACUC